CCAACAAACGCAGGAAAUGGUGUUAGUGGACUAACAGGAAAGACAUGAAACGCUGUAAAUAUUGUCAAAUAUGAGCUUCAUGGACUUUUUUGCGCACCAAAUAAGGCGCGUCUGCAAGCAAAGACGCGCAAUGUAAGAAUAAUCCUCCUCCCUUUUUUUGUUGUGGCCCCUAAUCGAUUCGUCGAUACUGUGAGUGACCGACCUAUUUUAUGAGUCAUAGAAGUUUAAGUUGCACGCUUUACGCACGGGAAAACUGCAAUGUUACAAAGAUCGAAUCAGUGUGUUUUUUAUGGAGUCGUGGCUUUUUUCCCCUUAAUUAAAAAGCGCUGAUCCGUGUCCUGACGCAAGAGGAGAUCCCACAAGUGUUUUGUGAGCUUACAAUGGACUCGGAAGCACCGUCGUGGAGGAUGCAAGGGAGCUAACAUUUGGAGAAAACACAAGACUCAGCAACAGAGACCCCAGGAGAGGUGACCCAAGCAUGGGCUCGGUACCAGAGGGCGGCUGCUCUCUGGAGCUGAGCAGUUGGAAUGUGAGCGGCGCCUCCGUCCCUUGCAACCAGAGUGUUCUCAAGCUGGCGCCCUACUCCCCUGAAGCCACGGCAGCCUUCGCCACCGCCAUCACUUUGAUGGUGCUCUUCACCAUCGUGGGGAAUGUGAUGGUCAUAAUCGCCGUCCUGACCAGCCGCUCUCUGCAAGGUCCGCAGAACCUCUUCCUGGUGUCGCUGGCUGCUGCCGACAUCCUGGUGGCUACGCUCAUCAUCCCCUUCUCACUGGCCAAUGAACUUCUGGGCUACUGGUACUUCAAGUCUCUGUGGUGUGAGAUCUACCUGGCCCUGGAUGUGCUCUUUUGCACCUCCUCUAUUGUUCACCUGUGCGCCAUCUCUCUGGACCGUUACCUGUCCAUCUCCAGGGUCACCUACGGUCGCCAGCGGACUCCCAAACGCAUUAAAGCUGCCAUUGUGGUGGUGUGGCUCAUCUCCUCCAUCAUCUCCUUCCCUCCCCUGCUGUCCCUCAAUAAGAGUGAAGGAGGCAACCUCGGGAGUGAGAGGGGUCCUCAGUGCCAGCUCAACGACGAGCGCUGGUACAUUCUUUACUCCACCAUUGGCUCCUUCUUUGCCCCGUGCGUCAUCAUGAUCCUGGUCUAUGUGAGAAUCUACCAAAUUGCCAAGCAGAGAACUCGGUGCCCCCCUGGGGAGCCUCGCAAGGAAGGCAUCGGUGCUGCUACGCCAAGUCAACCCAAGCGGCACUUAGAAGCCAAUGGUCGGGAGAACGAGCAGUCUUCCCCUAAGAAAACAUCUAAUGAAAGGCCCCCUACCCUCGCCAUUACCACAUCCACUUCAGAGAGGCAAGUGCAACCCUCCCAGGAUCCCAACCCUAAUAAACUUCAACCUCCACCCCCUUCUCCAGCCCUGAGCCCAGUCACUAACUCUGUAGAUACCUCUCUUCAUGCGCCACCUGCCGCCCCGUUGCCGUCGGCCCAGUCCUCUUCAGCCAAAACUAAAGAGGAUGUCAAAAAGGUCAAGCGGCAAAAGGGCAGAAAAUCUGACAACAACAAUGGCGACAGCUCCAGCACGGAGAGCGAGGCCAGCAACGGUGGGGGCAGGGGUAGCGCCAGUAUGCCAGGGUCACCCGCAGGAGGAGGCAUCCACUCCCCGGGCUCCAUCAAGCGAUACAGGAGCAUGAUCGCCACUUCAAAGGGGGCUCGGCUGGUGCCGGGGAGGAAGUCCAGAAGAGAGACAAACCCCGGGGCUGCCAGGCGCAAAGCAAUGCUCAACCGAGAGAAACGCUUCACUUUCGUCCUGGCCGUAGUCAUCGGGGUGUUUGUGGUGUGCUGGUUCCCCUUCUUCUUCUCUUACUCCCUCCAGGCUGUGUGCCCCGAGACCUGCUCCAUCCCCGACCCGCUCUUUACGUUCUUCUUCUGGAUCGGGUACUGCAACUCCUGUCUCAACCCAGUCAUCUACACCAUCUUCAACAAAGACUUUAGGAUGGCUUUCAAAAAGAUACUGUGCAGAAACACUAAGGGUACUUUCUUUUAACAUACGCAGGCUAGGACUUGGUCACCACAUUUGCAACAGUGACAUCUUGACAAGGGCUGGAUUAACAGUAUUAUGAGCCAUGGAAAUUCCUGAUUUCUUUGAGACAGCCAUAAAAUGCGGUUAAUUGGCAUCUUAGACUACUAGGGUUUCCCAAACUAAGUCAAAUGUGUCAUCUUUUGACACGGCACAAUUAUUAAAAAGCCAAUAUUUGUGUGCCUGCUUGAUCAAUAACAUGCUUACAGCAUCAGCAUGUAUUUGCAAAUGUGUGGUACGAGUACCACUGGUGGUACACGACCUCCAUCUGGAGGCACUCAGGAACACCAGAGAUUUAUUUUCAAAUACUGUCCAAUUAUAUUGGAAAUAUUAGAUAUACAUGAAAUAUAUGUGACAUAAUCAUAUAUUCAUUCACCAAAGUUUAGCGGAAGUUGAAUUCAAAUUAAAAGUUAUUCUUUCACUGACCUCAUACGCUUACAAGUUCGCAGCUAAAAAAAAGUUUGAGGACCGCUGCCUUAAAGCAUUUAACUUAGACCCAAUAAAAACUCACGUCUGACACAUUUGGGCUCCAGACUGUCGGUUUGGGAAACCCUAGAAGAAUAGGGUGUGGUUCAGGAUUUACUGCUACCACAUCACACCGACUGAAUGUUGAUUUCCGAGAAACACCAGAAAGUGAUAUGUGAAAUAUAUAUACAAUGUAGUGUUUGUAUUAAGGACUCUGAGGUUAUUGAGGAAAGAAAACAGGUAAACAGGAGGCAGGCUGACCUUAGAUUCCAACAAGCCUGGGGGCCCUUUUGUUUAUCAGCACAGAGCACAAGGAGCACACAAGGUUAGUGGUGAUUUCUUGCAGUCUUAAUCUGCCCAGCUGCAGGGCAAACAUGUGUUUUCCUGAUUCCUAUCCAAAAGAGCAACAACAAGAAGCAUCUGAAGAUCAAAAAUGCACUAAAGCACAGGGAAGAAUCCUUUUAAAUAGAAUAAAAAAAAACGGACAUUCAUGUGAAAAGUGUCAAUGCCUCAUAGUGGACACUCAGGUUGUUGUUAUGGUUUUUGUGUGCAUCAGAAAUGGCCUGAAGGAAAUAUAACACUAAAGCAAUGUUCUCCUCCGCUUUUAAUGCAUCUACAAUAAGCCUCUGUAACGAGAUUAUCCACACUAUGUCAUGGGAGUUUCAUCCGCUGAUUUAUGUGUGUCAUUUUCAGAGUGAGGGGAAUAGGCAUUUAAAAAAAAAAAAUCUAAAAAGACAGGCGCACAAUGCAGUGAGGUUGACGUAACGUCACCAUCUAUUUCGCCCUACUUUCUGCCUGAGUCACUCACAUUUCCUCUCACUACCGUGCAGUGGUUGUAUAUGUCUGCAGAUGCAGCCACAAGUUUACACACAUUUUUCAUGGCCAUGAAUGUUGUAUUCAUGAUUUAUUUGAAACCUGUUCUUCCCAGGAUGGAAUGAUUGUACAAGGUGCCUCUUCAGUUAUUGAAGAAAAAGAAUUGGGGGCUUACAUUUGAAUACAUUUGGGAUUUUCUGGAAUUACGUCAGGUCCAAAUCGUACAUCCAGAUCCCAAUAUUUACAUAAGUGGUGCUGGAGUUUCUAGAUUUUGACUGAAUGAGGCCAAGCCCUGUUCAUUUCUCAUUGGUGAUCAUGAUUGACUGCAGAUGGUAGUUUCUCUUUGGAGCAAAAACAAGCAAUUUAAAUGAGGUCUGCCAAGAAGAGUGCUCAAAUAUCCAAUCUCUCAUUACCGAGACUCAAAUAUAUACAUACACCCCCACUAAUGAUUGAAUGUCUCUUAGCAAGUUUCACCUCGACCAGACACUUUGUGUAGCCAUCACCAAGAUUCUGGCUGGAUAUUUGACCACUCUUCUUCGCAUCAUUGGUGGAGUUCUCUUCAAUCGGAUGUUUUUCCAUUAGGAAAAGCUCUACCAGCAGCAGUCGAGCACCAUCACAAACGACAAGCUAAUACGGCUCAGUCUUGUCAGGUUAAAAAGACAUUCUGUGACCUUCAGCACCACCAAUUACAACAUUGAGGUGAAAGUAUGUAUAUACGUGAAUCGUUAUGUGUAAUGCAAACUUUCACAGAAUAUGCGGAAGGUAUAAUCAUUUCAGACAUGAUGAGUGUAUGUAAACUCCUGACUACAGCUGUAUUGCUCUCUCUCUGCAUCUAUAUAUAUAUAUAUAUAUAUAUAUAUUGUUUUUUCUUCUUCUGGCCAGGAAACAGAGGUUCUGGCGUUUCCUUGACAAAAUGUGUGCGUUCUAAACAGCACACAUGCUUAUUGACUCAUUGGGACAAGGGCUGUCAGCGGCACAUUGUCUAAUUCUGCUGACCUGAAUGUGUGUGCGUGUGUGCGUGCGUGUAUGUACUGUAUCUCUUCUGGUUGCAAUCAACCACAGAUCUAUAAUAGAGAAGAGACUUUGCUUGCCAUGGGACUGCUUCUUCUAUAGCUGUGAAUAUCAUAUCUUAUGUCAAUGCAUUGAAAGAGUCAUAUUGAUAUGUGUGUGUGUGUGUGUGUGUGUGUGUGUGUGUGUGUGUGUGCAAUCUUCCGACUACCAUGAAGGCCUGCCUCAUUGAUGUAUGGCUUCAGUGUUGCUUUACUAAGUCAUAUUUGGUGUGUGGGUGGUGGAUGUGUGUGAUGGGAGGUAACGAUAUAAGACUGUAUUAUUUAUUUCAAAUUAGUGUCUGUUUUCUCUCUAUUUAUUGUUCCAUUGCAGUGUUAUAUUGAGGGUCAAACAAUAUCGGAUUGCUCAGAGGGUAAAAAUGUUGUAUUACUUUUUAACGAGCGAGAGCCUUAUUGAUUUUGAUUAAAAUGUGUUUUUUUGUGAAAGAAUAUGAACUUUACAUAGCGUCCUUUUGAAGUAGAAAUAUAAGCACAUUUUGCAGAAAUCUCUGCAAAAAAAGAUACUUUAAGAUGUUAAAAUACGAUUAGUGAGUAUUGCUCUAUGAACAUUUACAAAAGGCUAAAGAAAAUGACCCAGAGCUGUCCCUAAUUAUGAUUUUUUAAAAAUUCCUUCUCAUGUUCUUUCCAGAAAAAGCUGCAAUUAAAUAACUCAAGAGGUCAUUCUGGCUUCCCGCAAGUCGCCUGCCCCCGUUUCAUUGCUUUUUGUGGUGAAUCUGCUGCUUUUCUUUAAAAAAACAACAACAAAAUAAAUAAAAUAAAACUAUAUGGCUAGAGGGUGAGAGGUGCACUAAUCUGUCUCUUGAUGGCAUCUUUUCCCCGGAAAGCGCCUGUCAUGGAUGUUUCCCCUGCUGCUUUCUGACCGAGACGCUCCAAGCUUUGGAGCUGUCAAUCCUCCAUCUGUGAUCAUUGCCACCCCGUCCCCUUCUGUUUGGAAAUAAAGUUAUUUGGAAAAAGCA